AUGAGAAACGACAGCUGCAAUCUCUCCCUGGAGGUGGACACAGCGGGUUUGACCUGUAUAUACAGCCUGUCCUUCACUCUGGGGCUGCCAGCUAACCUGCUCUCCCUCUGGGGACUGUACCAACUGGUCCAGUCCAACAGGGGGAUCCAGCUCGUCUUCAUCCUCAACCUGCUGGUGUCUGACCUGCUGCAGCUCCUCACCCUGCCAGUGUGGAUGCUGUACCUGCAGAAGGGGCACAGGUGGCAGUACAGCGCCGCGGGCUGUAACAUCAUGGGCUACCUGUUCUACAUUAACCUGUACGCCAGCAUCAUGUUCCUGAGCCUCAUUGCGCUGGACCGCUACCUGGCCAUCGUGCACCCGCUGAGCAGCCGCAGGGUGCGAACCGGCCGUGUUGCAGGUCUCACCACGCUGACCGUGUGGACCCUCACCAUCCUGUUCUGCCUGAUUGGGCUCUACCCCUCGGUGUUCGACCCGGAGACUCGGCUCUGUCUGGAGCGCUACCCUGUCAGCGUCCGAUACGCCCGCUUCAAGAUCGCCACCGUGGUGAUGGGCUUCCUAGUGCCCUGCGCCGUGCUGGGGUACUCUUCGGUUCGUAUUGGUGUAACGCUGCGGAAUUCCCCCUCUGUGUCUGACCACGACCGUCACAAAAUCGUGGGCACGCUAACCCUCAUCACCAUCAUCUUCGUCGCCGUCUUCGGCCCCUACCACCUUGUGGGUGGCUACAAGUUUGUGGCGUUCUUCCACCCCGGUGUUGACCAUUGCGUUCUGGAGCGGUCGCUGUUCCUGACCUACCGUCUGUGUUACGGUCUGACCAGCCUGAAUAGCCUGCUGGACCCCUUCUUUUACAUCUUCCAGUGCAGAGAUGCUCGGAGGGAACUGAGCAGAUCUCUGCGCUGUCUGGGGGACGAGUCAGACACCCUCGCCUCCCACGACCACCUGGUCCAAAGUGAUAACCUGUAG